GAUCUUGACACGCGAGCUUCCAAGCAGGAUGACGACGCACGACAGCCAGCUGUGCAGGCCACAUUGUUCUCCGUGUUGAGCAACACCCACCUCUCAUCCUACAAGCUCCGCCGACUACACCAACAUCAAACCUGUCGCAUCCACUCGAGUACGUCAAAUCGCGGUAUAGCUUCUCUCGAGCGGGAACAGCUCGCGCAUCCUUCGCCAUGGCGAUGUCCUUCAACUUCUUCCACGCGCUGGCCGACAUCUCCCAUACCGCCAGCAAGCUCAUCCUGAUCUGGGCCAUUCACAACAAUCGGUCAGCCGAGGGAGUCUCACUGCUCACUCAGCUGCUAUACGUCUUUGUCUUCUCUACCCGAUAUAUCGACAUCUUCACCACGAAUCCUUUUCACGAUGGCCUCACUGUCUGGAACACAAGCCUCAAGAUCGUUUACAUCACCACAUCAGCCUAUGUCGUCUUCCUGAUGAUGCGCGUCUUCGCGCGCACGCGUGAGAAGGAGUACGGCUGGAAAUUGGCGACAUGGUCUCUGGUAGGAUCGCUUGCUGCUGCGCCGGUCGUCCUGUGGUUAUUUGAGGGAUGGGGUUACUUUACACUUAUUGAGCUCUUAUGGACAUUCAGCGUCAUCCUCGAAGCUGUUUGCAUCCUACCCCAGCUCUUACUCCUCCGCCAGACCAACGUCCCGACCGUGUUUGACAGCUAUUACCUGGUCGCUCUGGGCGUGUAUAGAGCUCUGUAUGUCGUCAACUGGAUCAUUGUAAUCGCCAAAGGCGACCAUCGUCCAGAACUGCCCACCAGCAUCGUCUUCGGCAUCAUCCAGACUGCACUAUACCUCGACUUUGCUUGGGUUUACUAUUCGAGACAACGAGUCAAGCUACGGGGCGGCGGACUCGUGGAUAGCGAGGAUUUGAGCAAGAGUUUUAUUGUCAACCGCUUCAUUGGACGACGAAAUCGCACGGGCGACAAUUCCACUGAUCACGAUGAUCUCGAUGACGAUGCGGCGCUCGAGAACCAAGAGAACGGUGUCAUACGUCCCUCUGGUCGAAGCUGGGGUCCCCGCGGAAUCAGUGUCAGCGCAGAUGAUGAUACUCUUGCCACCGAGAAUGCUCGCACUGGAACCAGAGAGGGAGCUAUCAUGGAUCCAUCACAUUUCGAGGAUGAUGACUUCGACGACGAUGCUGAUGCGCCGCCGCCGCCGGCGAAAGACGAUCCCAAGCCGACACCAGCUCGACCGGUGGACACUGUUGAGAGCAGUGCAGGGGAGUGGCAAGAUGACGGAGGAGCGACAGCGCCACGAUGAGCUGACACUGCUGCUUCUUCAAUUUCUUGCGAGCUUAUGAUUGUUAUGACUUGUGCGCUUCCUUCGCGCGUCGCUUGUAUCUACUCGGGCAUGGCAUCUUGAGAAUAUUCCGACCCAGGAAUUGAGCGUCCAGCAUGUCGAGUCGACGCAAGUGGCGAGUGAGACACCUGUAGACUAUAUACUUGUAUUUGUUGCGCUUAAGGCCGCAGUAUUGAGAUUGCAAGAGCACUUCGAAAAUUACGUUCUAGUCGCAAG